ACUAUUGCACACCUGGGGCUCGCUGUUGACACCAUGCAGCCCCCUCAUCGCUGCCUCCUUCUUCUUCUCCUCCACCUUAUCCUCCUCUCCGGGACAUGGGCAGACUUGAAGGGGUCGUUCACUAUCCGGCUGCUCCAGACCUCCACCUUCCAAAACACCUCCUGGGUGGAAACUGAGGGGCUGGGUCUGCUGGAAGACAUCGAGCUUGGUUCUAUUGAUAAGCACACCUGGACCAUCCGCUUCUACCAGCCCUGGGUGCGCCCAGCCCUGCCCCGCAGUGACUGGGACACCAUUCAGAACAUGAUCAGGAUCUAUUUGCAGCAGUUCAGUCACUUGAUCAAUGAAGGUGCCAUGGAGAAGAAAGUGCCCUACCCUUUUGUGGCCCAAUGCAUGGCAGGCUGUGAGCUCUACCCCAACAGGACCUCCCGGGUCUUCGCCUAUGUGGCCUACAAUGGCCAGGACUUCCUCAGCUUCAACACGGCCAAUGCUACUUGGGUCCCCUUCCGAGAUACUAACCUGUCAAGGUAUGUCCAGGCUGUUCUCCAGAACUAUACCGCCUUCAGUGAGAUGGUGGAAGUCCUCUUCAAUGAUACCUGUGUUGAUGAUAUGGAGGUGUUACUGCACUAUGGGAAGGCAGCUCUGGAGAGACAAGUGUUGCCCGUGGCCACGGUCUUCGCCCGCACGCCCAGACCAGACCAGCUCCUCCUGGUUUGCCAUGUCACCGGCUUCUACCCACGGCCCAUCAGCGUGUCCUGGCUGCGGGAUGGCCAGGAGGUGCCACCGGGCCCGGCCCUCAACACCAGUGCCAUCCUGCCCAACGCUGACCUCACCUACCAGCUCCGCAGCGUCCUGGCUGUGGCCCCCCAUGAUGGGCACAGCUACGCCUGCCGUGUGCGCCACCGCAGCCUGGGCACCCACAGCCUCCUCAUCCCAUGGGGGAACUCAGAGGUGGUGCUGAUUGCAGGGCUUGGGGCUGGGCUGCUGGCAGCUGUGGCUGUGGCUGCCAUCACAGCGCUUUGGGUGUGGAGACGCAGAAAGCACCAGCAGAUGGAGGAAUCAGAGUCCAGGAACUCCAUCCUGAGCAAAGAAGCUUAGCCCAGAACAGAGUCAACACCCCCUUUUCCUUCCACCACCCUCACAGGGGCAAAAGCUCUACCUUUUUCUGCUUCAACAAAAUUCUGGGCACUGAUGAGUACGAGAUCAACUUGACUCAGAGGCGCGGGGGGAGAAACCUCAAGGGGUCCUGACCAGCUUCAGUUUGCUAAGCGGACAAGGAUGCAAGUCUGAGACCUCCUCAGUCAUUACACAUGAUCGCUUCUUACCUUAUGGCACUGUCCCAUGCCCAGUAGCAAUUUCUCUCAAUUCCGUUACAAUAACACAUUUAUCCAUAGGCAGUAGGCUGUUCCCUUCUAUUGUUGCCUUCUAACAUUUUUUCCUAAAAGCUGCCUUUAUUAACCAUAUUCCAGAAAUAUUUGUGCCAAGACCAAAGUU